GUUGUCCGUCACGGUCUUCCCGAUGAUCCUCGCUGUUGUGCUUAUGAUCCGGUCCAACGCCUGAUAGCAAUUGGUACCGGUCGUGGACACAUUCGAAUAAUCGGAGACGCCGGAGUCGAUUAUCUAUUAAAACAUGAAUCCGGUGAACCCGUUCUUCAUAUGCAAUUUUUGGUGAACGAAGGUGGUCUGAUCACUUCGUGUGGAACGGAUUCCAUUCAUUUGUGGAAUUACAGACAAAAGGUUAUAGAGAAAACUCGCUCUAUUGAGAAUUUAACUACUUUCCAGACUCCCGAAAUAGUGCAUACAGUGCAAUUGAGCAAAGAAAGCGUAUCAUGUAUUCAUUUACCAGUGGCUGCUAAGUGGCUCUAUAUUGGAACCGAUAAGGGAAAUGUAUAUUUCUUAUGCUUGAACAGUUUUCUUCUUAGUCCGUAUGUAAUUAAUUGGAACAAAGCUAUUGAUCUUUCAUGUCGGGUGCAUCCGGGUCCAGUUCGUCAGUUGGCCGUAUCACCAGCUGAGAAUACGAAACUAUUGAUAGUGUACGAUAAGGGAAUAGUAGUACAAUGGAAUCUAGCAAAUAAAGAAGUGGAUCGAUAUCCAUUGGAUCCCCCGAUAAAAUCAGUUAACUGGCAUUUCGACGGACGGCAAGUGUUAACAGGAAACGUUGAUGGCUCUAUAUCAUUGUAUGGAAAUAAGAAGGCCUCUGAGCCUAUUCAACGGACCACACCUCAUGGAUCAGGACCGUGUCGUCCGAUUCAACAAGUGGAAUGGAAACACAUGAGUGAGAAUGAGAGUAUUAUUAUGUUCUCCGGUGGAAUGCCCACUGAUGAUGGUCUUCCAAUGCCUGCUUUAACUAUUUUAAAAGGUGGCAAAUCGGCGACCGUAUUGGAAAUGGACUGGCCUAUUAUUCAAUUUAUACCGCUUAACCAGAAUAUCUGGAAUUCUAUUCCUCAAUGUCCACACUCUGUGGCAGUUCUAUUAAAACACGACUUCAUGGUUCUUGAUUUGAAUCAACAGGGCCAUCCAGUUAUCGAGUCACCACAUGCAAUGAAUAUUCAUGAAAGUCCAGUGACUUGUGUAUCCUAUUAUUCGGAUUGCCCAUUGGAUUUGAUCGGUGCGCUUACACUAGUCGGAACGAAGCAAAGGAAUAAGGAGUUUAGCACUAGAUCCUGGCCAGUGACCGGUGGAUUGGGAAGAGAAUGUGCCACUGGACAUCAGGAACUAGUUGUAACAGGUCACAAGGAUGGUUCUCUGAAGUUCUGGCAAGAAACCGGAGAGCAUCUUCAGAUUCUAUACAAACUCAAGUCUUCUUCACAUUUUGAACGACUAGAAGAGAUGGAAACAUCGGACAAGGUCUCUCAUGCAGUCAAGUAUAUUGAACUUUGUUUAGAGUCCCGCCAACUGCUAGUCGCUGGAAUUUCCGGUCAAGUCACUCUGUUCAGAUUCACCAAACAAGAGUUAUGUGGUACUAUUGCUGUGGUCAAUAUUCCACUUCUGGGCAAUUUCUCGAACAAUCUUCCAUCCUAUGAUUUCGACAAGUCUCCAGUACCCAAUGGUCCUGGAAAAGAGAUUCGAAGACAGAGAAAGGUUGUCUCCCGUGAGUCUACAAACUCUCUGGACACCUCAGAUUCUGGAGAUGAGCGAAUUGUGCCGUUCAAAGUGCGUGGAGCACCUGUCAAGAGGCCAGCUGGUUUCGUGCCCGAGCUGGCGUGUUUUGUUCCAUGGCACUCGCAUGCAAAAGUGGAUCAAAUUACAACGAUUUGUUUGAACUCGUCCUAUGGAAUCAUUGCGAUUGGUACGUCAUCUGGUCUGGCUUUGGUUGACACCACUCAAUGUGCUUUGAUCUACUCGUGGACCACAAACGAGCUCUAUGGAUCUGAUCCAACACCAGCUAUCCAGCUGAGCAUGCAGAUUAGUGAUGCAGCGAGUCCGAUCGAGUCACCAAUCAGUCUGGAAGCUCCGAAACGAAUCGUCAGUGAGCAGAAGCAACGUUCAUUCGACGCUCGACGGCCACAACUGUUCAAAACUCAAUCCGUAGUGGAGAAUGGAUCAUUCGGCAGAGGAGAUUCCCAAAGAGAGUCACCAUCUACUACUGGCCGUCAAUUGACUACCUCUUCUCCAUCCACGUCAUCUCAAUCAUUGGAAAGAUCCAUUUCUACACAGCAGCAGGAAUCGAUAACGUCGUUGGCUUUUAUUCAUUCACACUCGAAGAAGAAUGAUUCCAAAAUGUCUCCAUGUCUUUGGGUUGGAACCUCUGCUGGUACAUCACUGGCUCUGAAUCUGAUCCUUCCAGAGGAUAGAUUCACAUCCACAAUUGUUGUGGCACCAUCAGGUACGGUAGUAAGAAUGAAAGGUCAAGUGCUGAAUCAGUCAUUCAUGGAUAACACGUUCUGUGUAAUUACACCUUCAACGGAAUCCUAUAAGGAAGCAGCCAAGGAACCAUCUGCACAAAGUCCCGAUCGUUCGCUUUUGAAUAGAGUGACCACAAAAGCAAGUCUAGCUCCACAAUACUCCAACUCGAUCGACUCAAAUGACGAAAUCUCGCAAAUUCUGAUUGUGGCCGCUGAGAAUGAGGUCAAAGUGGUUGCGUUGCCAACGUUCAGUCAGUUGUACGUGCAGAAGUUUGAUGAGAUUCCAUUGGUCAAAGCAUCGCCAACGCAUAUCCGAGGUUAUCCAUGUUUGAUGUGUCUAUCGGCUGCCGGACAGAUUAUUAUGUUGUCUCUUCCAUCGUUGAGGAUUCUGAAUACGUCCCAAAUAUUCCCACAUUCUGUGGAGAUUGAUGAUCCUUUGUGUCAAAAAACGUCGUUCUCCGAUCAUGGAUUGGGUGUCUAUAUGGCUAGUCAGACAGAGAUGGAAAAGUACACAAUGUGUUCGGAAAUCGCCGAUCAGACUGCGGAAUCGCUUGGAGAGCUUUUCGUGCCGUGUGAGAUGCCUGAGCAGCCAAAGAACAAUUCGUUUUUGAAGGGUGUAUCGUCGAUCUUUGGAGGCACUCCGCGCAACGAUCCGAAUGAUAUUGAUGCCAUUUUAUCCGAGAACAUGGGUGUCAAAAAUAACGCUGGAAUGAAUCCGAUGCGUAGCGUGGCCCGUACAAUUCCCGGACCAUCUGUCCAAAUGGAUCGAGCUCAAGCUGGAGGUGUUUCUGCUGGACAAGCGGCGGCGAUGGCUCUUCAGAAUCUAAACGAGAGAACAGAAAAGUUGAAUGCGACAGUGGAUGCGACGGAAAACUUGAAGAACAACGCGAUGAGUCUGUCGUCCCGAACUGGAAAACUUGUGGAGAAAUAUGAGAAAAAGAAGUGGUACAACUUCUAG